AUGAAGCAUCUGUCCUGUUCAUGUCUGUUGUGGCUCGGACUCCUAAAGGCUACUUUCUCCCAGGGGCAAGAGGACAGCAAACUCAGGAAGCUGUGCGGCAGCGACCUGAUGACAGAAAUUAUGAAACUCUGUGGCCGAUCUUCUCAGCGCCAGAUGGAGUUGAACGUGAAAACUGCUUUGACACAGCCCUCACACAAGGUCAGCCUUGACCAAAUCCCUUCUUUGUCCCGGGGAAGAUUCACAAACCCAACCCCUGCAUCUGCCUCUACAAAAACUUGGGAACCCCAGCCACUGCCGGACCAUCAGUUUGAAAAGGCCAACUUGCUUGCUGAGAAAUCAAGGGAGUUUUCAGCCCUCGAUGUCAAUCCCUAUGUUGAGAAUGUAAAACUUCAGAAGAAAAGCACAAACGAAAUCAACACCUUCAGCAGUUUAUUUUGGGGGAAACAUGCCCAAAGGAAACACAAAGGUUUCUCAGAUAAAUGCUGUCUUAUGGGAUGCACAAACGAAGAGCUGGCCUUUGCGUGUCUCCCGUAUGCUGAUUUUUAA